AUGGCACUUCACUUAAAUGCUUGUUUUGCACCGUUCCUCUUCAUAGCAGAAAUAAGCUGCUUGGUUUUGAAGUAUCCGUAUCUGCCAGUAACAUACAAGGUCAUAUUGGUGGCUGUUCUAUUUGUACACAUAUUGGUUGAGAUUGUAAGGCUAUUUCUUGGAAUUAUAGGCAAUCUAGGGGAGAAGAUUCCUGCGAUGUCCGGCUUUUGGACAUUAACGUUAAUUUUGCAACUUCCUGUCCAAUUAUUCUUAUUAUUCAACUGGGCAGUGGCUCCCGUUCCGCUGGAAACGAUAAUGCUGGGAAUACAUGGCGUUUUCCUACUGAUAGAGAUCGUCACCGGCUUCGUCGCUAUGAGAGCGAUGGCAGCCCAGCAGAUCAAAUUGUUCAAAGCAAUGAUCGAGGAAAGUGGAGGAUAA